ACCAUGGGGGAUGCCAGCAUGGAAGCGACUAUCUCCCCUUCUGACAGCACGACACAGCAAGACUCUCUCUUCAGCAUGACAGACGUGUUUCUCUUCUCACUCAUCACUGGCCUUUUUACUUACUGGUUUUUCUUCCGCAAGAAAAAGGAGGAAGUCCCAGACCUCCCCAAAAUGCAAUCAGUAGCAGCUCCAGUGAGAGACAGCAGCUUCAUUGAGAAGAUGAAGAAGACGGGACGAAACAUAGUGGUUUUCUAUGGUUCUCAGACGGGUACAGCAGAGGAGUUUGCCAAUCGUCUCUCCAAAGAUGCUCAUCGCUACGGCCUCCGGGGCAUGGCAGCGGAUCCAGAGGAGUAUGACUUGUCGGACCUGAGUCGCCUCUCUGAGAUCGACAAGUCCUUAGCUGUGUUCUGCAUGGCCACUUACGGUGAGGGUGAUCCCACGGACAAUGCCCAAGACUUCUACGACUGGCUGCAGGAGGCGGACGCUGACUUGUCAGGUCUCCGAUUUGCAGUCUUUGGGCUGGGGAACAAGACUUAUGAGCACUUCAAUGCCAUGGGAAAGUAUGUGGACAAGAGACUGGAGGAGCUUGGAGCCCAACGCAUCUUUGAACUUGGGCUGGGAGAUGACGAUGGCAACCUGGAAGAAGACUUCAUCACCUGGAGAGAACAGUUCUGGCCAGCAGUGUGCGAGCACUUCGGGGUGGAGGCUACAGGAGAAGAGUCCAGCAUCCGCCAGUAUGAGCUGGUGGUGCACACAGAUGUGAACAUGAACAAAGUCUACACCGGUGAGAUGGGUCGUCUCAAGAGCUACGAGAACCAGAAGCCACCAUUCGAUGCCAAGAACCCCUUCCUGGCCCAGGUCACGGUGAACCGCAAGCUGAACGAGGGUGGAGAGCGGCACCUUAUGCACCUGGAGCUGGAUAUUUCCAAUUCCAAAAUCAGGUAUGAGUCUGGGGACCAUGUGGCAGUGUAUCCAGCCAACGACUCCUCUCUGGUGAAUCAGAUUGGUGAGAUCCUGGGCACGGAUCUGGACACGAUCAUGUCUCUAAACAAUUUGGAUGAGGAAUCCAAUAAGAAACAUCCCUUCCCCUGCCCCACGUCCUACCGUACAGCCCUGACCUACUACCUGGACAUCACCAACCCUCCUCGCACCAACGUCCUCUACGAGCUGGCCCAGUACGCCACGGACGCUGGCGAGCAGGAGCGCCUCCGCAAAAUGGCAUCGUCUGCUGCCGAGGGGAAGGCUCUGUACCUCAGCUGGGUGGUGGAGUCCCGGAGGAACAUCUUGGCCAUCCUGCAGGACAUGCCCUCGCUGCGUCCCCCCAUCGACCACUUGUGUGAGCUCCUGCCCCGCCUGCAGGCUCGCUACUACUCCAUCGCCUCCUCCUCCAAGGUUCACCCCAACGCCAUCCACAUCUGUGCCGUGACAGUAGAGUACAAGACCAACACAGGACGCUUGAACAAAGGGGUGGCCACCAACUGGCUCAAGAACAAGGUGCCUGAUGAGAAUGGGAGCAACUCCCUGGUGCCCAUGUAUGUCAGGAAGUCACAGUUCCGCCUGCCCUUCAAACCCAGCACGCCCGUCAUCAUGAUCGGACCAGGGACGGGCAUAGCCCCCUUCAUCGGCUUCAUUCAGGAGCGGGCCUGGCUGAAGCAGCAAGGUGAGCACCCAGGAACCUCCCUGGGGACUGGAGGCUGCCGCCGUGAGCGUGAGGACUACCUGUACCGCGAGGAGCUGGCCCGCUUCCGUCAGGAAGGAGUCCUCACCCAGCUCAACGUCGCCUUCUCCAGGGACCAGGCUGAGAAGGUUUAUGUUCAGCACUUACUGAAGAAGAACAAGGAAAACAUCUGGAAGCUGCUCAAUGAGGGAAACGCUCAUAUCUAUGUGUGCGGCGACGCUCGCAACAUGGCCCGGGACGUGCAGAACACCUUCUACGAGAUCGUGGCCGAGUUUGGGAACAUGAGCCAGCCCCAGGCUGUGGAUUAUGUAAAGAAACUGAUGACGAAGGGCCGGUACUCUUUGGAUGUCUGGAGCUAAGAGCGGGGCUGCUGGGGCCGGGGAGAGAACAGG